ACUACUAAACAGCCACUGGAGGAGAGAGAGAGAGACCUGCAAGGAGUGUUAAAAGGAGAUCUGGGUUUGAGAAGAGUAAAAAUGCAUGUAAAGGUGUUGUCUGCGUUUUGCAUCGUCAACAUUGUAUGUGGCUACGGGGUUGUAAGUUUACCGUUACCGGAUUCUGGGCCGCAUAUCAGCAACGGAUGGGGACAGACGGUUCGUCUCAGGCAUCUCUACGCAGCCAAACACGGACUGCACGUGUCGCUUCAAGGAGACGGCAAGGUGCACAGCUCUGUCGAGCAGAGCCCUCAAAGUUUGUUAGAGAUUCGCUCAGUGAACACUGGAAGCGUUGCCAUCAAAGGAGUAGCCGCGUCUCAGUAUUUGUGUAUGGAGAGCGAUGGAAGACUUUAUGCGUCGAGCACGUAUACAGAUGACUGCUCCUUCAGGGAGAAGGUGCUCUCAGAUGGCUACAAUGUCUACAUCUCAGACAAGCACGAAACCCUGGUCAGCCUGGGGCCCCAUAGGCAGAGGCACCAAGGUCGAGACAGGGGUCUCCCAGCCCUUGCCCAGUUCCUACCCAGGAUGAGCACCCUGGAGACCGGAGCUACAGAAGUACCCACGGGACCCCAGGAGCAGAGUCCCACAACAGGCCUACACACAGACAUCCUGGAGGGGUUUGGAAGACUUUCACAGGUCUUGCUCCACAGCCCCAGCUUCAGCCACACAUGAGGAGGGGUUGUGAGAGAUUGAAAGACCAGAAACAGACGUUUAGAUAUUACUAUGCGCUGCAGUCCUCCACUCAGGGUAUUAGAGUGCUGCAUGUGACCGUAGGAUGGAGGGUGAACAUGUCCCACACCACAAACGAAAGGAGAAAUGAACCAGGAACUUGGUCAUCAAAGUGGAAAAGAAAAGGGACGUGGGUUUCCCUUACGUGCAUGGAGGGCUGGACCAGGUUGAGUUGGGCCUUUGGGAGGAACCUCCAGGAUUGGUGCAGACUGAUCAAACCAAAUUCUGAUUCAGAUCAGGAACAGACAUGUCAUUGGUGCAGAACCUUCAGGACAGACAGGUGAUUGGAAGGUGUGAGUCUUCUGGCAGAAGUGAACUUUCACUACACUUGAUAUGCAGGCCCAGAAGGAACUGAAAUACCAUCAGAGUAUUUAUUUAGUUCCAUAAUAGUAUGCAUGUUAGUAUAUUUAAUAGAGUUAUCCAUGGUCACAUUGUUUUUGGGCCCAAAUGCACUCUUUCUGUGAAUG